CUCAUAUCCAAAAUCCUAAAAACUGUUGAAAUGGGGAGUUCCAUGUCUGCUAUUAAGGACGGAAACUAUUAAUCAUUCAAACUUCAUGAACUAAACUACCAUUUUAACAAGUUGUAAAUUCCAGGGCAUUUCUAAUUUUCUUUCACACUCUUUCAAACUUCCAGUCCACUUCUUUCUUUUGGACUGAGUCAUACUCUGCCACUACUAUUUUGAGUAUUUUCCAAUAUCAAAUCACCAUAGUCAAAAUCCAUCAAAUGAAUCAUCACCCCCCUCUUCGUUGACUACCCUUUUCCCCUGUCUCCUCUCCGGAGUUCAGCCGCCCGCCACCCACAUAUUAGCCGUAAUUAUCCUCUCCUUGAUUCAUUCUCAGCUACCCCAAGAAAAAUCUUUUUAGUUAUCAAAUGGGUAACCAAUUUAGUAGAAAGAAGCAAAGACAGAGUUUAGAUAGUCAGACGCCAUUAGAGCAAGGAAGCAGUUCUAGUUCUGGUCAUAGUUACAGUAAUAAUGCUAGCAGUAAUGGGUCAUCGAAUUCAUCUGGUGAGGAUAAAGUGGUCACUCCUGAAUCUUAUCUGAACUCUUAUGAAGCCGCCUGCCAAGCCGAUCCGGAGCUCCGGUCUUUAGAUUCUGCUUUUCAAGCACGCACUAGCCGGGCCAUCAAUUCGAUUGCCGUAGGCCUUGAUGCGCGGGCCCUUUCGCUGGAUUCCCUCCGGGAAGUCACUGAGUGCUUAUUGGAGAUGAAUCAAGAUGUGGUCGGCGUCAUCCUUCAAUGUAAGAAAGACAUUUGGAAAGAUCCCGAAUUAUACGAUUUGGUCAAUGAUUACUUGGAGAAUAGCCUCCAAAGUUUGGAUUUUUGCACUGCCUUAGAGGCUUGCUUGAAGAGGGCCCUACAUAGCCAAUCCAUAAUUCUAUUAGCCCUUCAGAAUUUCGAGGAGGAACAUGCUAAUGGUCAAGGGUCUGGGUCGGAUAAUCCGUAUCCUAGAACUUUGCAGGAAUUGGCUAAUUUCAAGGCUGCAGGUGACCCUUUUACGGAGGAGUUCUUUUCUUUGUUUCAAGGUGUUUAUAAGCAGCAAGUUUUGAUGUUAGAGAAGUUGCAGAAGAAAAGGAGGAAACUUGACCGGAAAGUGAGUAGAAUGAAGACAUGGAGAAAAGUCUCCAAUGUCAUCUUUGUAGCUGCGUUUAUAUCGGUUUUGAUUUGUUCUGUGGUGGCUGCAGCCGUGACAGCACCACCAGUGGUGACGGCAAUGGCGGCGGCCGCUGCAGUUCCUUUGGGUUCAAUGGGGAAAUGGUUGAACUCUAUCUGGAGCAAAUGUGAGAGGGAUUUAAAAGGGCAGAGGGAAAUAAUUAUUUCAAUGCAACUUGGGACUUACAUAGUCAUUAAGGACUUGGAUGGUCUGAAGGUGCUUGUGGACAAGUUGCAGAUUGAGAUUGAAGCAUUGAUACAAAAUGCUGUUUUUGCUAUGAGGGAAGAUGAGGCUGUCUUGAUUGGGGUAGCUGAGAUAAAGAAGAAUGUGAAUAAAUUCAUGAAAACCAUUCAGGAUUUGAAUGAUCAUGCUGAUAAGUGCAGCAGGGAUAUAAGGAGAGCCAGAGCAGUGAUUUUGAGGAGGAUUAUCAAUUAUCCUAGUAGCUCUAAUGAGGGAAAUGGUACGUUUUUGUCGUCAUUGACAUGACUGUUUUCUAGACAUUUGUUCAUUACAUUGAACAAUGUAUAAACUUACUGAGAUGCAAAUUGGGUCUGUAUCAUGUUUUCUUUUGUGACCCUUACCAAUAGUUGUCAAAUCAUUAUUAAUAGAUAUUUUCCAGUUUGAACCUGUGGAACUUAUGAUUUUAUUCUUAACUGAGCUUAUAGGCACUGUUUUGAAGUGAUAGGUCACUUGCUGCUGCAUAAUCACUUAGUUCAAUUCAAAUGCUUAACAAUUGAAUGAGAAGGCAAUCCAUUGUUAUUCAUUGUUGGUGGCUCUACAUGAUCUGAAUUCAUGAUUGUUGAUGGGUUUCCCUGCAUUUGAGCUAUGAUUGUCUGAUCUCCUAAUGUGAGUAGGCUCAUUAUAUUCUGCACUUCUUUGUUGUUCAGCAAAAUAAUGUGCUGUAUUUGUAUUCUAGUACCGUAUCUUCAGUAUGAAGGGAAUUGUGCUCCUCUAGGUAUGGUGCGGAAUGUAUCCGUUAUGUGCUGUUGUUAUGUCCAGCAGCGGUUUAUAAACCAGUUUUUUUAAAAAAAAAAAAAUGAAAAAAGAAAAUCAGUGUGGCAAAUUUUGAGAUGAAGAUACAGGUUGUAUUAUAUACAAGAUAGAAGGUAAGCAUUCAAAUAAGAUACGGUCUGCAAGUCCAACCUUAAAUAGCAGGAUAAAGGUUCUUAGACCAACCGUACACUAUGGGUUAACAAUUUAGUUAUUAAGUGCCCUAACAAUUGCCAAAUUUGGUAAAUUUUACUUGAAGAUAAGUACUGGGAAGGAAAAGCAUUAGCACACUUGUGCUGUAUUUCUGCAGUUAAUUUGCUGCAAAUAUCAAAUGUGUAGGUUAUCAUGAUUUGUAGUUUGGAACAGAAUAGACCUUCUAACACUUUUUCAAUUCAGUUCUGGGCUUUAAUGUGCUUGGAUCUCUAUUGAAUUAUUAACUGUAACAAAAAUGUCUAACAUUCCUUAAUGGGGCAAGUUUAGUUGGUCUUGGAUUCAUGUGAUCCAACUGGUGAACUAUUGCGACAUUUUUCUGAAGUUGUCGAUGUAGAUAGCUUUACUGGACUGGGCAGUAAAGCACUGAAUUUAUGACCAAACAAGAGCUUUUCAGUCGAACUUGGAACAAUCGGUCUCAAGAUGGAACUGCAGAUAAGGGUUUUGGUUAUACCAGGAGUGGACUUCCUCAAAGUCCCAUUCUCUUUCGAUAUCAGAUGCCAUGGAGUAGAACUUCUUGGAAGUAGACUGCUCUAGCUGGUUUUUUCAGAUAAGCUAGUAUUGCUUGUUCUGAAAGGAUAAUUCACUGCACUAUUAAGGUAUAUGCAUAUCUCUAUGGAAGUAUUCCAGAAUUAAGAAGAAUGCAAUCUUCCAAAGUAUAAUGACAAGAAAGGUUACUUUGUAUAGUAAUAUUGCUUCAAGCAGGUGAGUCUCUCUGCUCAGUUAACCACACAUCAUAGUUCAUGUGGGUUGGGACUUGGAAAACAAGUUGCCCGUUUAUUAAUGUCUGCUAUAUCAGAAACGUAGUUUUGCUGCUGGAAAGGUUUGUCCCACAUGACUAGUUUCUUUUUUCUCCUUGUAGCUGCAAGUAACACCUCUACAUGUAGGUAUUCGAGUGAAAAGCUUUGCUUGAUGUUUUUGUUCUUACAAUGGAGCCAUACUGAAGUUCCAUAAUUUUUAACUAGCUGUUUCAGGUCCUAUCAAGGUAUCCAGAGAUGGCAACUGCAAAGCAAAAUUACUGCAAAAUAAGCGCCAGCUUUCAAGAACACAUCCACAAGGAACCAAUUGCAUCGAUUAAGAAACAUUGGUCAUCGAUGUUAGUAGAUAAAUCCUGCUUAAACUCUUAAUGAGUAGUAAAUACUAUCCUGGGAUUUUCUGCUUGAAGACUAAAAGAACGGAAAACACAAAAAAAAAAGUUAAAAACUAAACUGAUGCUUCUCUUCUCCAUGCAAGUUCACCUUACCCUGUUCCACGGUUUCACCUUCCCCGCGUUCUGUUCCUGGAGGAAAAGUUACUUCUCUACGGCCGCUGCUCUAUCUCUCUGUCAUAUCUUGAUAGCGCGGGAUAGAAUCUUCGAUCCGGAUACAUUUUAUGGCGCGGCCUCUGCAUAACUCAUCGGAUACUUCUUUGUGAAUUUCCGAUACAUUUUAUCUCCUCCAAGUUGAAGACCAUUACGGAAAUGGAAGGCUGUGAUGAUAAAAGUUAAAAUGCAUCACUAGCCUGAAGAACACUCCGUUGAGACAUGAUUGAUGAAUAUAAAAGUAAAGUUAGUUCUCUUCUCAUACAGUAUGCCAACGCCUUCUUUUUGGGCUACAAAGCCCACGCUUCCAGACCCAAAUUAAGAGUUAAACUUGUUAUAAUCUCAUUAUUAUUAUGGGCCUAAAUUACCUGGUUCCCAUUUUUUAUCACUGUAAAAGUCAAGUGCCUUUUGGUACAAAGUUCUACAGUGUUUUUCAUUUUAUAAUAAUAUGUUGUCUGACGAAAUCUCGUGGUAAUAACAAUAUACGGAGUAUCAUUGCUGACUGACCAAAGGCUACUACAAGGGUGGAGGAAUAAUGUGGAACGGAGUCUGAUCAUAGCUUCAUUGUAAUAUCG